UAUUUAUAUAAAGACAUAAAAACUACAUGGGAUGAUGGUCGAAGUAAAUGUUUUGAUCGAGGAAUGUCCCUUGCUGUCUUGAAAUCAGAACAAGAUUACAACGAGGCCAAACUGUAUAUUAAAAAUGUAAUUGGAGCGCUUGAGAUAAAAAUAUUCAUUGGAUUAUAUUACGAUCCUGUACAAGAUGUUUUUCGUUGGACGGAUGGAAAUCUUCUUACGUAUAACAAAUGGGCAAGUGGCCAUCCAUUGACCAUGGAGACAGACCAUUGUGUUCAUUUAUCAAAAGACCUGAGGGAAUUUGAAAGUGAUAUAUGUAGCACAACACGCAAUAUUCUUUGUUCUGAUCAUGUUGCUGGAUUAUCAAGUCAAAAGACGUCUAAACCAUUCGUCACAGAAUUUAUUACGGCAGAACCGACAGUUAAACAGAUUAACUUGGCGUUUGUAUCCACACAAAUAUCCACACAAGAAAAAACAAGCUUAUCACAUGUGGGAUUACAGACUCCUAAAGACGACCUAAGUUCUACACCAAUGACCACAGAGAAGACAAUGUUUCGUCAUGUAACAACACACAGAACGGAUGUUUCAAGUGCUGAAUUAACAAGUCAACAGACCUCUGACACACGAAUGUCCACACAAGAAAUAACAGGCCUAGGCUUAUCACCUGUUCGCUUACAAACUCCCAAAGACGACAUAAGUUCUACACCCAUGACCACAGAGAAGACAAUUUUAUCUCAUAUAACAACACACAGAAUGCAUGUUUCAAGUAUGGAUAGAAUAGCCUUUUUCAUAGAUCAAAGCUAA